AUGCCCCUCGUGAGGUGUACGAAGCCAGGGGCCCACCCACAUUGCCAGGGGCCCGCCCACCAAGCGAAGGGCCCGCCCACCAAGCCAGGGGCCCGCCCACCAAGCGAAGGGCCCGCCCACCAAGCCAGGGGCCCGCCCACCAAGCUAAGGGCCCGCCCACCAAGCCAGGGGUCCGCCCACCAAGCCAGGAGCCCGCCCACCAAGCCAGGGGCCCGCCCCACCAAGCCAGGGGCCCGCCCCACCAAGCCAGGGGCCCGGCUACCAAGCCAGGGGCCCGCCACACCAAGCCAGGGGCGCGCCCACCAAGCCAGGGGCGCGCCCACCAAGCCAGGGGCCCGCCCACCAAGCCAGGGGCCCGCCCCACCAAGCCAGGGGCCCGCCCCACCAAGCCAGGGUCCCGCCCCACCAAGCCAGGGGCCCGCCCCACCAAGCCAGGGGCCCGCCCCACCAAGCCAGGGGCCCGCCCCACCAAGCCAGGGGCCCACCCACCAGGCCAGGGGCCCGCCCACCAAGCCAGGGGCCCGCCCACCAAGCCAGGGCCCGCCCCACCAAGCCAGGGGCCCGCCCCACCAAGCCAGGGGCCCGCCCACCAAGCCAGAGGCCCGCCCACCAAGCCAGGGCCCCCCCACCAACCCAGGGGCCCGCCCCACCAAGCCAGGGGCCCGCCCCACCCAGCCAGGGGCCCGCCCACCAAGCCAGGGGUCCGCCCACCAAGCCAGGGGCCCGCCCACCAAGCCAGGGGCCCGCACACCAAGCCAGGGGCCCGCCCACCAAGCCAGGGGCCCGCCCACCAAGCCAGGGGCCCGCCCACCAAGCCAGGGGCCCGCCCACCAAGCCAGGGGCCCGCCCCACCAAGCCAGGGGCCCGCCCACCAAGCCAGGGGCCCGCCCACCAAGCCAGAGGCCCGCCCACCAAGCCAGAGGCCCGCCCACCAAGCCAGGGGCGCGCCCACCAAGCCAGGGGCCCGCCCACCAAGCCAGGGGCGCGCCCACCAAGCCAGGGGCCCGCCCACCAAGCCAGGGGCCCGCCCACCAAGCCAGGGGCGCGCCCACCAAGCCAGGGGCCCGCCCACCAAGCCAGGGGAGCGCCCACCAAGCCAGGGGCCCGCCCACCAAGCCAGGGGCCCGCCCACCAAGCCAGGGGCGCGCCCACCAAGCCAGGGGCCCGCCCACCAAGCCAGGGGCGCGCCCACCAAGCCGGGGGCCCGCCCACCAAGCCAGGGGCGCGCCCACCAAGCCAGGGGCCCGCCCACCAAGCCAGGGGCGCGCCCACCAAGCCAGGGGCCCGCCCACGGGGUGUAACCAUCAUCCAUCAGCUUCAAUAUUCCGGCGGAAUGUUAAAGCUGCCGUCUCGGCCCCCGUGUGUGGUCGAGUGUAA